AAAUCAGUUUUUCUCUGUGUGAUCUUUGUAUAAUAAAUGUCUCUCUCUACCUGACUAGACCAAGAGCUAUAUUCCAAAUCAGUUUUUGUAGACUAGUUCCUUGAUUUCUUCUGUUAAGACCAACCAGCAAAAUGUCAUCAUAUGCAACACCUCAAUCUCCUUUCCAUUAAUGGUUUAGGUUUUAGGUUGCUUUUUGCAACUCUCUUUCUCUCUUUUUAGGUGUCUUCUCAAACAGUCUCUUGUGCUUGGUAGGUUGCGCCGUUGGGUUUAUGGGCCCUAUUCUCCACUGACUGAAGAUUUCAAUGGUGAGAGAGAGAUCUCUUUCUUCCCUGCUUUUUGUUGCUCCUUUUCUUGCUGUCUCGCAUUUCUGCUUCUUGGGAUGAUAAAGGAUGAUGAGUGACAGAUAGAUAUUUGAUUUUUGAAGUGGGUUUUGAAGCUGGAUUUCAAGAAAUGGACAGGAUGAUUCAGCCACCUUUGGUAGAUACAACAGCAUGUUUCUGUACAGUAGAUGCAGGCCUCAAAACUGUUGCUGGAGCGAAGAGAUUUGUUCCCGGUACAAAACUAUGUCUUCAGCCCGACAUUAAGCCAUCCAUUCAUCCAACUAGGCAGAAACCAGCACGGGGAGACAGAAGUCGGAGUCAAUCCCCUCUGCUUCCAGGACUCCCUGAUGAUCUUGCCAUAGCAUGCUUAAUCCGGGUCCCAAGAGUUGAGCAUCGUAAGCUCCGGUUAGUCUGCAAAAGAUGGUACCGUCUUUUGGCUGGUAAUUUCUUCUACUCUCUUCGAAAGAACCUAGGAAUCUCAGAAGAAUGGAUAUACAUUAUGAAAAGAGACCGAGACGGAAAAAUCUCAUGGCAUGCCUUUGAUCCCAUAUACCAGCUUUGGCAGCCUCUCCCUCCUGUCCCAAAAGAAUAUACCGAAGCCCUAGGGUUUGGUUGUGCUGUGCUCAGUGGUUGUCAUCUUUAUUUAUUCGGUGGAAAAGACCCAAUCAAGGGUCCCAUGAGACGGGUAAUUUUUUAUAGUGCACGGACUAAUAAAUGGCACCGUGCUCCGGAUAUGCUUCGGAGGCGUCAUUUCUUUGGUUCUUGUGUCAUAAACAACUGUUUGUACGUAGCUGGCGGUGAAAACGAGGGUGUGCAUCGGUCCUUGAGAUCAGCCGAAGUUUAUGAUCCAAACAAGAAUCGAUGGUCCUUCAUUUCAGAUAUGAGCACCGCAAUGGUACCGUUCAUUGGGGUUGUUUAUGAGGGCAAGUGGUUCUUGAAGGGGAUUGGGUCCCACAGACAGGUUCUGAGCGAGGUCUACCAACCCGACACGGAUAGUUGGUACCCGGUUUACGAUGGAAUGGUUUCAGGCUGGAGGAACCCUAGUACAUCCCUAAAUGGGCAGCUCUAUGCUUUGGAGUGUAAAGAUGGAUGCAAAAUUAGGGUUUAUGAUGAAAAGACCGACGCUUGGAGCAAACAUAUCGAUAGUAAGAUGCAUUUGGGGAAUUCGAAGGCUUUGGAGGCUGCGGCGCUUCUUCCGCUUAACGGAAAACUCUGUAUUAUCCGUAAUAACAUGAGUAUCUCUCUAGUUAACGUGUCGAAAUCUGAUGAUGCAAGUAGUGCUAGUGCCGAACAUUUGUGGGAAACUAUUGCUGGGAAAGGGCAGUUCAAGACUUUGGUUACGAAUUUCUUGUCGAGCCUUGGUAGGAACCGACUCAAAAGUCACAUUGUACACUGCCAGGUUCUUCAAGCUUGAAGACUAUUCUGAAUUGUGGCAUUGUCAAAGGUGCGCACAGAUAUGAAAGGCGGGUGGCACAUAGGAGUUAACAGUUGGAAACUCACCAAGCUGACUGCAACCUGUGUGCGGAGUAAGUUGGUGUCGAUUGUAGGUUGAAUUAUCAGAUGUUCCAUUAGAGGUGCUAGCUUAAUGAGGGUUUUUUUUUUUUCCUUUUUUUUUGGUAGUCUUUAGUGUUACAAAAUUAUAUAUGAUACAGAGUCUUUACAGGCUUUGAAAAUUGAAGAGCACAUUGUCCAAA